AUGGGCGGGUAUCUCUCCAAAAACCUGGAGGAGUGUCUGCGCAAUGAGAAGAGGAACCUGAAUAAGUCGAUCAGGGAGUUGGAGAGGGAGAUAUUUAAGCUAACAAAAGAACAGAACAGGAUAGAAAAAGACAUUAAAAUAAAUUCCAGAAAAAAUGAGAACAUCUCUAUUGUGAGAACACUUGCAAAGGAUUACAUCAGCAUUAAGAAAACAAUUACGAAAUACAACAAACUGAAAUCACAUUUAUUUUCAAUGAAGAUAAAGCUACAGAGUGUUAAGUCAUCGGAACAACUUGGGCGGAGUAUCACCGAGAUUAACGGAAUUAUUAAAAGAGUGAAUGGGUACUUAAAGGUAACCUCCUUGAAUAAAUCUAUUAAUGAAUAUCAGAAGGAAAACAACGAGGUGUCCUUGAAGGAAGAAAUGCUAGAUGAUUUGUUUGAAACAUUUGAUUAUGAUUCAGAAAUGGUUGCGGAGGAAGAUGAACUUGUUACAAAAGUUCUGGAAGGCAUGGGGAUCCAGAUGAAUGCCAAGUUAGAUGACAUUCCUUCUCCCGGCGAACUUCCCAAGGUACACGUUAACCACAUCAACCAUGUUGAUGUCUCCGACCUGGAGGCACGCCUCAAUAACCUACGCCUGGGAAAGCCAUAA